AUGACGGAGGCCCUCCGCAUGUCGGGAAAUAUCUUAGAAUCGGCGCGCGUGAGAUUUGCGUCGGCUGCCGCCUCUCCGACGCCCCUUCAAGAGAUUUCACUCAUGGAAAGCUCCUCCUUGGGGGGGACGGCUCAAGGGGCCCCUCCAAGACGCCACCGCUCCAUCACCCCCCCUGAGAACGCUGCACAGGGGCCCCCUAAUUCGGAGGGCUCGUGGCAGCCAUCCGCAGCAGCGCCUUUGGAAGCAGCGCCAACGGCGGCAGACCAGACAUCCCAGCAUCAAGCUCCUGGUCUAGUCAAACGGGGUGACUUCCAGGAAGAGGAAUUACGCGCUUUACGAAUGCGGCUGGGAAGGAGGGGAGGCGCUCAAGGGGCCCCCUCCCUCACGGCAGCCGUGCGGAGUCAGAGAGAUCGCCAGCUGGAGUGCGUCGCCAUCGUAACGACGCUGCAAAAGGCGGCAGAAGCUGCCGAAGGGGAGACUCAAGAGCUGCCCGAGUACCUGACAAAGCCAACUUCUGUGCAGCUAGGACUGAAGCAAGACACAGAGCCUCUGGAGCAGAAACGACUGCAGCAGCUGAAGGAGCAGCUGAAGAAGAGCAUCACUUCAGAGGCGCAGCGGGCAGCAGCGGAGAGACGCUACGUGGGAAGGGCCGUUGGCAUAGGCGAGGAUAUCCAAGCGCGCACAAGAGACAGAGCUCACGCCAACUUUCCUGAUAUUCGACAAGCCGAAGGAAGAGCCAUAGGCAAGCCUGAGUUUCUCGAAGGGUGGGCAGAACCACUCCCUGCCUCGCUCUCGGUUAGCGGCUCACAGAAAGAACCCCCCUGCCUCGUCGCCAACGCCCCACACAAUGUAGUGGCUAGCUGGCUUCGCACGAAACCAAGCAAAACGCAGGAAGAUCUUCUCCAAGCGGAAAAUGGUUCGGCACAGACGAAUUCAGAGACAAGUCCUCAGAGCUUCGUGGAGCUUCUCUGCUCACUUGCACUCGAACAAGCGCCUCAAAUCCAAGUAAUUAGAGAAGGGAAGAUGGGGGCUAUAGUUAAGGCUCUCGAGUUUGAGAAUAGCGUCCCUCCGCCAGUCUUCCACAGAAAGAAAAAGCCUUCAGUUGAGGCUGCCGUGCAGACGGCCGCUCCAACAGAUACCCAACUUCCAUCCAAGCCAGCUAGGAAGACCGCCGUCCCACGCUCCGAACCCAAGAGCAGCAGCAGCAGCACUGGCAGCGACAGUGGCAGCAGCGGCACCCAUCGUUCGCACGACGGCGUGUGGCUCUCUUCCACGUCGUCUGAGCCUUCGGCGUCGAGUUCAACCUCCGACUCCUCCGACGCAGAGGCAGCCGAAAAAUCGCAGCUUCCCGUCGCGAGCCACGUCUCCAGCAGCGGAAGCAGUGGCAGCGAAGACGAGCAUGCAACGCCAGAGGAACGAACGCUCAAGCAGUGGGAACGCGCGCUCGAGGUGUACGUACAGCAGUUCUACAAGCCCCUCGUCGACAUCAUGCAGGGCCUGCCUCAGCGCUUCCUGCCUCCUCUGAAUCCGAGUGCAAGCAACGAACUCGAGCGCUUUGGAGCUAGACAACUUGCCGGCGAGGGAACAGACUUUCUCUCCGCAUUGGGCCGAGGAAAACACGCAUCUGCACUCUUGCAGGAGCAGCUGGCGACGAACCCCUUUCUCUUCCUGCUGCAGGAGCCGUACGGCUGGCAGGCAGGGACCCUUAAGCAAGAAGCGAACAUCGCAUCUCUGGUGCUGCCCGCCUUGGGAGGCGCAGCUGCAGAGAAGACUUCGCAGGAGGCAGAAUCCACCGAUAAAGUGCUGGAAAACACCAUGACGCUGCUCUUUGGACCUGACUACUGCAAGUAUUUCGGGGGAACUUCCGACGCGACGCCAGUACUAGAGCUCUCCGAUGCCUUGAAGGCGUGUGGUGGGGAGGCUGCGUGCCAGCAACAGUCUCCCGAGCAACUCAUGGAGCAAUAUCAGCAGCAAAUGCUCUGGAGCGGCAGACGCAGUAGCAGCAGCAGACGCAGCGGCAGCAGCACCAACAGCAGAUGGGGGAGACAGGUUCGACGCAUGCUGCCUGUUUUAGAGACCGUCGGGAGGCGGCAGCACCUCCCCCUCACGCGCGGAGGACGAAGGAUGUGUAAAGCCCCUCCUGAGUGCCUUAGAGGAGGCUCCGGAGACAGGAUCGAGUAUGUUAUGAACACUGGAAUUGGGAGUAUUGGAUCUUGGGAAAGAGUUUUUGUACGCGAAUUCUUGCGUUUUUCUAUGUUCAGGAAGCUUCUGAGUUCUUUUUCUCAGGAGUCUAUGGCCUUUGUUUCUUCGAGGGCGUGCUGGUGCUGUGACUGGAGAGUUGGGGGCGGGGGAUGCACAGCAACGCAUGCUGCUCUUCAUUUUUACCGCUCUGGCGCUUCAAAGGGAGGGGGGAAGCAAAACGUGGGUAGCCGUAAGCCUCGUCAGUCUCUAAGGGGCCGUCGAAGAGCUCUGCGCCCUCUGGAUGUGGCGGCAGAAGAGGAGAGACUGUCUCCUCUGGAGGUACGCCGACGACUGGGACUGAAGACUCGCGCCAGUCUUGAGGACGUCUCGCAUGCUCGCUACGCAGACGUCAUGCGGCCAGAGGUGACGGUAGAGGAGGCAGCAGCGGCUGCUGCCUCCGAGAGAAGACGGAAAACGAGGCUGCGCGGGCAGCUCGCGGGGUUGUUGCGAUGUGCUGAGCAGGAAGUGUCUCUCGAAAGGGGCGAAGGAAAGACGCCACAGCACUUGGGGGUCAGAAUCCAGGCUGCGCUGGGGAAGAUGCUGGAGACAAGGAAUGCUCUUGCAAAGGCGAAGCACCUGAAGAGUCGUCUUGCCGCUUCUGACAAGCUCCUGGCAGUUCAGAGAACCGUCGGGAUGAUUGCAGCGCAGCAGAGGACGCCGACACUGACGGAUGCUGCAGAAGCUCUACAAGCGCAUCAAGAGCAUGUGCGACUGCAGCAGCAGAAGCUGUCUGGCAAAAGGAAGGACGGCGCCAAGAAGCAGGCUGCAGCCGAGCCGCAGCCUGCCCAGCAGCAGUCACCAAAGCACCGAAAACAGCAAAAAAGCAUCGGGCGAGUACUUUUUAAAGCCACAGAAGCCGCGUCUGCCGUCGGUUCUUCCGCUCAAAAAGAUACUCCUCAGCAGUUGUUGCCUUCGAAGGAAGAAGGUGUGCAAAGGACUCGUCCUGCUUUAGCCAAGCCGACUCCAAAGGGAGCUUCCUCCGCAGCAGCUGGAGCGUCAGACAUCACCUCAAAAACAGACGCGAGUUUGUUGCCAGACAUAGCGCAGCUGUGCCGCACUGCAGGGAUGGGGAGGCCUGUGAGUAAGGGAAAGUCAGCGGCUGGUGUCGCAAGAGCUGAAGCAGCCACAAGUGCUGCAACAGAACUGCUCGAGCAACUGCCGCCUGCUUCUGCUGCCUUAGUGUCUCACCGACCGUUUGAUUGGGAAGAGCAGCCGAUUCCCACACUACGACCCCACCGACGCCUCGAAGAAAUGGCGGAGCAGCUACUACAGGCGCAUGGAUCACCUCGGCAGCAACAGCAGCACGCCCACCAGAAUAGUGCUGCUGCUGCUGCUGCUGCUUUUGCGGCUUCUUCAUGCUUUUCGUGGGAGAACGAGGUGAUACCAACGCACAAAGAACGAGGCGGGGCAGCAGGUAUGCGGAAGGAAGAGCACCAAGCUCCUCGCCAGCAGCCGUCUCCCCCUCCCCCAGCGGAGCUUGCUGACCUCGCUGGAGGCGCAGCACCAUCCGAGGCAUGCGAGAGCACUACUGCCAGGUACACCGUCCAAAAAGACAGUUUAUAG